AUGCAGCUAUCUUGGAGUCAAUCAUGUUCCUGGAUGAUUCAGCUUCUGCUAGUGUCAAACCUUCUCCUAUGGGAAUGUGUGGUCUCCAGACCCAUGUGCCUUGACAUAGAAGGAUGCAACAAGUUGUCCCUUCAAGAACUCUUUGACCAUGCAAUUGUCAUUGCUCAAUACACCUCUAACCUCACCACACAAAUGUCUGAGGAGUUUGAUGAAAACUUUGCCAAAAGCCUGGGGUACAAAGCCAGGAACUCCAGCAUCUGUCACACCACUUCCCUUGCUACUCUGGAAAUCAAUGAACAAAUCCAACAGACACAAUCAGAUGAACUUCUCAAAGUGAUGAUCAGCAUUUCACGAGCCUGGUACCACCCUUUGGAACACCUAGUGCGUGCAGUGGCUGCUCUUAAAGGGACCUGUGAGACAAUGCUGUCAAAAAUCAAAGAGGUGGAGGAAAAAAAUCAAGAACUUCUAGAGGAAAUGAAAAGAAUCCUUGUCAGGGUUCAUCCUGGAGCUGAAGAAAAUGCCUACCCUGCUUGGAUGGGACUAGCAGAAGUGAGGUCUGCCAAUGAAGAUACUCACCAUUUUGCUCUUAGUAACCUGUUGCACUGCCUGCGAAGUGAUAAUGAUAAGGUUGUCACUUAUCUUGAGGUCGUGAAGUGCCAAGUCAUCCAUAAUAACAACUGCUGA